UAUCCUCUGAUAUCCAUCAAACGAGUCCACCCGAUUCUCGAUCCGCUAUUGCACUUUGAGAAUUGCUUGGGAGCGCAGUUCACUGUUCGGAGGCCAGAAAUACACCUGAGAUAGACCAGAGAGGCGCGGUACGCCCCGGGAGCACGUCUGCAACAGCCGGAAUAGUUCGUGUCCCGAGAGAAGAAAGUGUUACAGGACGAGAGGAAUAUCUGAAUUCAGGACUUAUGGGGAAGGAGAGCGAGGUGCAAGCAAUGGAAGUAGAUGAUCCAAAAUCAAUCAGUUCUAAUCAGAUCACUCCGAAAUUCUCAAUCAACGGUUAUUCUGCACUACUGAAGUCUUCUCAGAUGCAGCAUGGACUGCGCCACGGUGACUACACUCGCUAUCGGAGAUAUUGCACAGCACGUCUGAGGAGGCUAUAUAAAUCAUUGAAGUUCACCCACGGUCGUGGGAAAUACACGAAGAGAGCCAUUACUGAAGCCACUAUCAGUGAUGUCAGAUUUCUUCAUCUGGUUCUUUAUACGGCUGAGAGAGCUUGGAGCCAUGCCAUGGAAAAGAGACAGCUUCCAGAUGGGCCCAAUGCGCGCCAGCGCAGCUAUUUGAUUGGUAGGCUGAGAAAAGCUGUGAAAUGGGCUACAUUGUUCUCAAAUUUGUGCGCUAUUAAGGGAGAUUCCAGAACAUCUCUAGAGGCUGAGGCCUAUGCAUCCUAUAUGAAAGGAAAUUUGCUGUUUGAGAAAGAUCAGAAUUGGGACACUGCAUUGAUGCAUUUUAAAAGUUCCAGGGCUGUUUAUGAGGAACUAGGGAAAUAUGGAGACUUGGAGAAUCAAGUUUUAUGUCGUGAACGCGUUGAAGAACUUGAACCAAGUAUUCGAUAUUGCCUACACAAGAUUGGCGAGUCAAACUUGCAAGCCUCUGAGCUUCUACAAAUUGGUGAGAUGGAAGGUCCUGCUCUAGACCUUUUCAAAUCGAAAAUAGAGGCUGCUAUGGCGGAGGCAAGAUCUCAACAGGCUGCAUCUCUUACGGAGUUCAAUUGGCUUGGGCAUAGAUUUCCUAUACACAAUGCAAAGACUCGUGUUUCUAUUUUGAAAGCUCAAGAAUUGGAGAAGGAUUUAUAUGGAGCUGUGGCAGACACGCUUCCUGCGGAGAAAAGAUUAGUUAUUUUUGACAAAAUUUUUACAGCCUAUCAGGAGGCACGGAGCUGCAUUCGUGGUGACUUGGCAAGUGCAGGUAAUGCUGACAAUGUGAAGGAUGACCUAAACGGUCUUGAUAAAGCUGUUAGUGCAGUAUUAGGACAACGGACCAUUGAGCGCAAUCAGUUGUUAGUUAGCAUUGCAAAGACUAAGCUUAGUAGGAGACGUGAUGACAAAAAUGAGAAAGUUACUAAGCCUGAGGAGCUUGUUCGCUUAUGCGAUCUUUUAUUACAGAAUACGGCAGAUCUUUCUGAUCUUGUUAGUUCUGGAAGAGAUAGGAAACCUGAAGAAGUGGCAUUUGCUGAAGAGUGUCAACUCAAAAGUCUGGCUUUCCGAGCAGAAAGGUUUAGUUCGUUAAUGUUUAAUCUGUUUGUGCAGAAGAUUUUUUUGUAUGAUCUCUUGCUACCUCAGAUUUUAUUUGACAUACCCUUCCCUUUCAUGGCUUUUUUGGUUUUUUUUCCUGGUUGGGUGGGGGUAAAUGGUUGGCAGGUGCUGAUCAAAGAGUUGAAGACAUUAUGCAACGAGUGCAGAGCUAACAGUUGCAUUGAGCAUGCAAUGGGAAUUAUAGAGGAGGAAAAGGCUCCAGAGAAUCUCUCAAAGAAAAUAUCUACAAUAUCCCUAAGUGGAUCAGACAAGAAGGUGGAGAAAUUCCUUCUUGAGAAGCUUGAUGUGUAUGAGUCUGCUGUUGGUGAUUCAAAUGUAAAAGUUGUCCCGCGAAUUGAAGUCUUCCCUCCAGCAUUCCAACCUAUACCUAGGAAUCCCAUUGUUCUAGAUCUUGCUUUUAAUUGUAUUGAGUUCCCAUCUAUCGAGAACAGAAUGAAGAAAGACAGAAAGGGCUUCAUAAGCAGGUUCUGGGGUUGA